GAAGAAGAAGAAGAAGAAGACGACGAACAUAGCAGGCUAAUUUUAAUGCUAAUGCUAAUAUGAUCAAAGAUGGAAGCUACCAGAAGAUAAAGCUCCAGGAGAACAACACUUAUCACUUUUUGGUUCUUCGUUUCAAACAAAUAUGGCAUCAGAUGAAAUCAACCUGCUGGUCAUCGUCGUGGAUGUAAAUCCGAUAUGGUGGGGGCAGCAAGCUCAACGUGAGACAGAGCUCACCCUGUCCAAGUGUCUGGAUGCAGUGAUGGUGUUGGGGAACUCCCACAUGGCCAUGGCCAGGACAAACAAGCUGGCUGUCAUCGCCAGCCACUGUGAAGACAGUCACUUCCUGUAUCCCGGUAAGAGCUGGAGAGCGGGGGACAGCUGUGGGGAUGAUGCAUCCUCCAGUGGGGAUGGAAAAUAUGAACUCCUGUCAGUCGCCAAUAACUUCAUUGCAGAAGAGAUCAGGAAGGUUAUUUCAAAAACUGAUGUGAAGGGAAAUUCUACGGACACUUUGUUGGCGGGAUCCCUUGCUAAAGCUCUGUGCUAUAUUAACAGAGUCUCAAAUGAUCUGGAAGGACAAGAGAUAAAAUCCAGAAUAUUGGUGAUAAAAGCAGCCGAUGACUGUGCCCUGCAGUACAUGAACUUCAUGAAUGUCAUUUUUGCGUCCCAGAAGCAGAACAUCCUGAUAGAUGCCUGUGUGUUGGACUCAGACUCUGGUCUCCUUCAGCAGGCUUGCGAUAUAACUGGAGGAUUGUACCUAAAGAUACCACAGAAAGUUGCUCUGGCACAAUACCUUUUGUGGGUCUUCCUGCCCGACAUUGAGCAGCGUUCACAGCUGGUGCUGCCACCGCCUGUACAUGUGGACUACAGAGCUGCAUGCUUCUGCCACAGGAACCUCAUUGAGAUCGGUUACGUGUGCUCAGUUUGUCUGUCAAUAUUCUGCAACUUCAGCCCCAUCUGCACAACUUGCGAGACUGCCUUCAAAAUCCAACUACCAAAGAUGGUCAAGCCCAAAAAGAAGAAACUCAAGCAGCCUACAUGAUCUUUGCUAGGAUUACACUAAUGUAGGGAAUUUAGUUUACUUUUUAAAAAAAAGAUUAUAAAUUAAUCUCAACCUGACAAAUAUUUUUUAUUUGUAAAAACAAUUGUUCCAGAAAAAUACAAGUCAAUAAGAAUACAUGCAAAUAUUUAACGUAUAAAACAUGCACUCAAACAUUUGGCCCUAGUAUUUAACAAUUGUUUACGAGUCUUAAUUUAUGUGCGAUUGUUUUGUUCAUAUUGAUCAAAACAAUUUGGCACACAAUUGAGUCGUUGGUGCUGUUGGGUAAAGAUAAUUCACUGAGCCUACAUGUAAAUGGAGUUACUGCUUUUGAAAAAGAAACCUUGCUCAUUUUUGUGAUGUACAUUUUUAUAUAUAUUAAAAAGAAAAACAUGCUAGAAAA